AUGAGCGACAACUCUGCCUUCGACUCGCUCCCGGCCGACGUCAAGCCUCAGACGGCGGCCUAUCCCGGCUACGAGCACACUGGCUCCUACGUCUUCUGCGUCGAGUACCAGAAGCUCUACGUCGACACAGAGCAAGCUCUCAAGGCCAAGGGCCCGCUCAAGAAGCUCAAGAAGGUGCAGAAGCGCGUCGACAAGCAGUGGUUCAAGAUGCACCCUGUCGACAAAGAAAUCGACGCCGCCGGCGAGAACGACGGCGAGAACGACGGCGAGAUCUAG